GGGCGCCGGCUUUCUGGUGCGUGGGGAGGUUUUUCGCAUCCAAGACGUUACGUGACCUCCGCUCUAGCUUUCCUUCCCUAUGGUCACGACGCCUCUCCGCCGGCCAUGAAGUCCGCCUUUGUCACCGUGGGCACGACCAGCUUCGACGACCUCAUCGCCGCCGUGACGGCUCCGGAGGCUCUGCAGGUUUUACAGGAUCUUGGCUACAGCAGACUUGUCCUUCAGGUUGGCAGGGGCACAGUUUGCCCUGUUUCAACCAGCACACCUACAUUUACCCUGGAAGUGUUCAGGUUCAAGAACUCACUCUCUGAAGAUGUGCAAACAGCCGAUCUAGUCAUAAGUCAUGCAGGUGCUGGUAGCUGCUUGGAAGUAUUGGAAGCAGGGAAGCCACUACUGGUAGUUGUAAAUGACAAGCUUAUGGACAAUCACCAGUUAGAACUGGCAAGGCAGCUGUGCAGGGACGGCCAUCUCUUUUACUGCACUUGCAGGACCCUUCUGAAGACACUUCAAACAUCAGACUUUUCAACCCUGAAGCCUUUUCCUCCUGGACAGCCAGAAAAAUUUGCUGCAUUCUUGGACAAAGUAAUUGGCAUUUGAAUAAAUCAGCUGUAAAAGGAAGCUCACACAUUUGAAAUUACUCCUGUAUAUAUAAUUUCAACAUACAUGUGUGCUUGCAGUGGCAAAUGAAAUUAAAAUAUGGACUGCUUUGCAGCAAAAGAAAACCAAUUCACUGACUUGUAGCUUUGACAUGGCCUUAGUGGUCCAGGAAGCAAGCAGUAGCAAAAAUCCCCCCUCCUGCCCACCUCUAAACACACACUUCUUUGCUCAGCCCUAUUUCAAAUAGGGCACAAUGUCAUUCAGGUUUUAGACUUUUGAUUAUGUUUCAGUGUUGAGUUUGCUUGAGGUUACUUUGCCAUAAACCAUUUAGCAGGCAGUAUCAAUUUGGUUAAGAAAAUGCUUGGGGGAAUAGGAUUUGAUGACGGGGGCUAUAACGUACAGGUAACUUGCAACUUAACAUGCCAGGGAUUAUAUUCCUGGCUAUCGUGCGCAUAAGCAAAAUCACAUAAAGCCAGAACACCCCUUAAAAACCAUUAAAAAAAUUACUCGUCUCCAUGGCCUCCUCCGCACCCUCUCCAUCUGCCUCUUCACCCAAACACACUCAGUGAAGGCUGCUGGCUUUCAUUUUUUCACUCUGUGUGCCAUUUCUGCAUCAUUUUUAAUUUACUAUUAUUAUUUUUUGGCAAUGUGCUUAAAGCUGUGAGCACAUACGUUAAGUAAGUGUAAGUUGCAAGUUACCUGUACAUCAGCAUUAAGCCUCUAUAAGUACCUGAAGUGGAAGCUCAAUAAAGAUUAGUAAGAUCUCUUAUGAAAA